CUGGGCUCGGGUUUUACAGGGCAGGGAUUGGUCGCGGCUCGGUUAGCUGCAGUGUUCGCUCUGAGGAAGGAAAGCUGAAGCAGGUUGAGGGAUGAGCCACUCCCCUGGGAUUGGCCAUGACUUGCAGGAGGCAACCAAUGGGGUUGAUUGGAUGAGCACUCAUGGAUCCACCUCUUUGAAGUAUCGGGAUGGAGGCGCUUGCCCAGAGCAGGACUCUCAGGACGGAACUGUAGCAGAAACUGAUGGACACACACCUCACACACCUCACACACCCCACACCACAGAGUCGGUGUGCAGACAAACAGACAAACACUCAGACAAACCUCACACCAACACACACACCCCUGACCAAGAUCCCCCACACACACCCCACUCACAACCAGCGUCCAAACACUGCUCGGACUCAGCCGACCCUGAUCACACACACACUAACGAUGGGUGGAGAGGAGUGGAGGAAGAGGAGGACGGAGGAGAAGAUGAAGAUGAGCCAGUGAAAGAAACCACCACAGAAAAUCCACCAACCUCAGAAGCUCCGCCCACAGAACCGCCCAGCAGAACCGCGUCUGAAGACGAUGCUCCUUCUUCCUCUUCCACGCCACCUGAGCAGGCCCCGCCCCUGGUUCCAGCCCCUCCCCCUGGUUCAGACCCCGCCCCCGUGGUGUCGGAGGCUGACGCGUGGCAGCGGCCGGUGCAUGUGAUGGCGGAGGUGCGCGUGCACUCGGCGCCGGAGCGGGAGCGGGUGGUGCGGGGGAUGCAGGACAGUAAGAGUCUGGACGGGAUCAGUAACGCGUACGGAGGAGGACCCCGGGGCUCAGGGGCCAAAGGGGGCCAGGCUGAGGGCCGCAGGGCCACCAUCUCCAGUGCUCUGGAACUGGAGGGGACCGUGAGCCACGACGGAGAUCUCACGCACUUCAUCACCAAGAACCUGGAGCAGAAGAUCAAGAUGAGCUCGAGACCCAGUCUCGACACCGACUGCGAGUCGGACUGUUCGGGUCCGGUGGUCCGAGGUCGGGGGUCGUCGCGUCGGCCGGCUGAUAUCCCCCCUAUUGACCCCUCAGUGCUGCUGGAUCUGCAUAAACACACACAGGAAGUGGCGCAGAGUGUGGAGAUGAUGCUCCGCAGCCUCAACGGAACCAUCCAGAACAUGACGGCUCUGAGUGUGGGCUAUAUUCAGACCUACAGAGACUCGGUGGAUAGUUUGGGAGAGUCGGUGGAUAUGAGCAUAAAGGGAAUGUACACGCUGAUGGCUCGGUGUGAGGAGCUGGACCGCUCCAUGCAGCCAAUCCAGGCCCUCGCCGCUCAGAUCAGAGACAUCAAACGCACGCUGGACACCUUGGAAGCCAUCUGCAAGUAACCAAGCAACCGGCGGCCACAGGCCACGCCCCCCUCGGCGACUCGGAAGCUCCUGGAGAUGCUUUGCGAUGAAACUCCGCCCUCUGCAGACAGUUUGCUAAUUAUCAUGCAACCCAAUCACUUUGCUAAUGAUUGUGUCUCCUAGCAAUGCUCUGCAAGCGCUCCUCCCCUUAGAGACCGCCUUGCUCUAGCACCUCCCCUUGGAGACGACCUGUUGUUAGCCCCUCCUCUUUUUGUGGCUCCUCCCCCUGUAGGAUAAUUGUGAGGGGGAGGGAUAAGCGAGAGAACGGACUCUCGGUGAGCUCACACCGUCCGGCAUUCUCACGGCACACUGUACCACCGAGAACUGCGGGAGUAUUUAUGAAGUAUGAAUGAAGUAUGUUGAGUGUGUGUAAGAGUGUGUGUACGAGUGUGUGUGUUAAUUAUGUAACAGAUAAUAAGUCAAUGAUGUUUACUGUACCUCCUCCUCGCUUCUGAAGGCCUGAGAUUAGAGUGGAGAAGGUCUGAUGUUGGUAUUCGUCGUGUGGAAUACCGUCGAUAGAGUUGGGAGAGGGCCUGAGGCUGCUCUUACAACACUGACCAUCCAUCAUCUCCAACACUGUGUUCAGACUGACAGUCCUAAUCAGGUUUCUGUUUUUGGUAUAUCUAGAUUGAAUCUGAAUUAAUUUUGAUUGUCAGGAAAACCAGAAUUUACAUGAAAGUAUAUUUUUGGCAUAUAUUGAUUCAAUCCAGAUUGAGUUUGAUUGCCAAGACAUCCGAAUUUUUUGUUAUAUCUAGAUUGAAUCGGAAUUGAUUUGCAUUGUAUCUAGAUUGCUUUUGAUUGUCUGGACAGCCAGAAACAAUGUACAAGUAGAUUGUUGGUAUAUUUAGAUUGAAUCCGGAUUGAUUUGGAUUGAAUCCUGAUUGAUUUGGAUUUUAUCUGGAUUGAUUUUAAUUGUCAGGACAUUAAGAAUUCACACAUGUAGAUUUUUGGUAUAUCUAGUUUGUAUCCGGCUUGAUUUGGAUUACAUCUGGAUUGAUAUUGAUUGUCAGGAUAUCCAUAACCACAUAAAAGUAGAUUUUUUGCAUAUCUAGGUUGUAUCCAGAUUGACUUUAAUUGGAUCCGGAUAGAUUUUGAUUAAAUCUGGAUUGAUUUUGAUUGUCUGGACUGCCAGAAUCCACAUAAAAGUAGAUUUUUGGUAUAUCUAGAUUUAAUCCUGAUUGAUUUAAUUUGAAUCCAGAUUGAUUUAAAUUGAAUCCAGAUUGAUUUAAAUUGUCGGGACAGCCAGACUUCACAUGAAAGUAGAUUUUUGGUGUAUCUAGAUUGAAUCCAGUUUGAUUAGGAUUGAAUCCAGAUUGAUUCGAAUUGUCUGUACAGCCAAAAACCACAUAAACGUAGAUUUUUGUUGCAUAUCUAGAGUGAAUCCAGAUUAAUUAUAAUUGUCAGGACAUUAGAAUCCACAUAAAAUUGGAUUAUGUGGCGUAUCUCUUGCUGCAGUUGUAUAUCUGGAAAUUUUUGUGGUCUCUAAACUGACAAAAACUUGAACUAAAGGUUUGGAGGGAGAGUUGAUGAUGGUGAUGAUGAUGAUGAUGAUGAUGAUGAUGAUGAUGAAUUCCACUCUUUCUGCUUCCACAUAUGAACGCCUCAUCACCAGUUCUAUGCUCACAAGAUCUAUGCUGUUUCCACUCAGCCCAUGUAGCUACAGUUGUGAUGUUCAGAUAGGCAAAUCCCGUCUGAUCACUUUUGAAUAGGAGUGCAGACAGAGAACCGAAUCCGAUUUACCUGCAGUCUGAACACAGCCUCAUAAACUCCGAUAUGUUCUAUUAAUGGUCCUGGAGGCUGGGGGCGCUGUGGAGACGGCGUGUUGAGGUUGCGACGUUCGUGAGGACUGAAGAAGAUGCUGUAAGUUGCGCUGUAGUUGAACGUUAUCGUAAAUAAAAGGAGAUUGAGUGGAGGAAUGAAAUGAAGGAGUGCAGGACAGUCCCGUUCCUCUCUCCAGCCUCCCGUUCGUCCCGUCAGUCCUGUGCAUCUCCGCUUCUACAAUCCUGAUUUGUCUACCAGUCUGUCUGAAAUCUGUGUAUGUUUUAAAGAAUUAAUAUAACAAUACAUUUACUAGAU